GAGGAGGUGGAGGGGAGAGGUGGAGUGAAGGAGUGAAUGCAAGGGAGGUGGAGUCACUCACCAACCGUGCUCCAAAAAGGACAUCUCUGCUCUGCACGGUGCCCUGGCCUGCUGUGUGUGCUGGCAGCCAUGGGGAGCCCCGGGAGUCCUGAAAUAAGGAGAGCUAUGCAGGAUGUGUUUCGUUCCUACUCCUUGCUGCGGGGCCAAAAGAGUGACAACAAGACACCUUUCUGGGAUGCUGUGGUGCUGACUACCUUUGAUGAGGCUCAGCGGCUGUGCUUCCUGGAGCAGGUGCAGCUCAAGAGAGCCGCUGGACAGCUGCCAGAAGUUCCGAUCUAUGUGGUGGCUGACCCGCCUGCCCAGAAGCUGGGUGUGGGCGGCUCCACCCUGCAUGCACUCACUCACCUCUCUCAAGAGUUUGGCGUGGCACUCUACAGUAAAAAGAUCCUUAUUAUUCAUUCUGGGGGCAGCAGCCAGCGCCUCCCCUCGUACAGUGUCCUGGGGAAGAUAUUUGCUCCUAUUCCUGUUGACGGUCUGUGUGUUGGUAAUGCAGUGCCACAGAUGCUGGACCUCAAGCUGGCACUCUACCUCCCCCUGUGCUCCCUGCUUGGCCCUGGCACUCUGGUAACCUGUGCCGAUGACAUAGAGACCUACUGCCUGGACUGUCACUCUCUCGACAUGGAUAGCCUGAAGAGUGCCGACGUGGUGGCACUGGGCCAUCCCUCCUCCCGAAGUGGGCACGGGCAUGGGGUGUAUGUGCUGCGUGGUGGGGGGGCAGAGGUGGCACUUGCCGGCACUAGCAGUGUGCAGGAGUGCCUGGAGGUGCUGCAGAAACCCUCCGUCAGUGCCAUGCGGGCCAGUGGUGCCAUUUUUCGCAGAGGAGGCAGCAAGGAAGAGGAAGAGGAGGAGGAGGAGGAGGAGGAGGUAUGGAGUGACAGUGUGUUCUGGCUAAGCAGUGGCGUGUGUCGUCGUCUGCUUAAGUGGUACAGUGACAACAAACCCCUGGCGGCAGAGUUAGAUGCUGCCCACCUCCUCCCCUGCCUGGGCACACGCAUGGAGGCAGCCAGCGCUGAGGACUUCACUGACUACCGCUGCCAGAUGCUUCCCUUGGUCCGUGGUGCCUCCUUCAAGGUCAUCACCCUCCCACAGUCAAAGUUCUACCACCUUGGCACUAUGGCGGAGUAUGUAGAGAAUUUCAACACCGCGAAGGAUUUUAUUAGUGAACUUGGCAUUAACAGGAACACCAGUAACAGGAGAGACAACACUAAGGAUACUAUGAAGGACUCCAGAACACAAGGAACCAUCAUAGAGUCCUGCAUUUCGGACAUCCGGAUAGAAGUACAAGACUCGAACACUCACUACGUCAUUGAGCACUGCCAAAUUGGGGUGACCUUGAGGCUGUCUGGUGAUAUUAUCCUCAGUAACUGCACCAUUGUACCCUGCCCUGCCAUGCCACACACCCAAGGCACCACAGCACACCUCCCACCUGGCAUUCUCUUCCACACAGUGCCAAUCACACAUAAAGACCAAGACCUCUAUGUCACUGUUGCCUUUGAUCUUGAUGCCAAAAUGAAGGCCGAGGCUGGCAAUUUAAAGGAUGUGAGGGUGUAUGGUAGGACUCUUAAGGAUGUAUUUUGCUCUCUUGACCUUGAGGAGGUGAAGGAUACAGGAAAAAACUCAAAAAUAUCAUUGUGGACUGCAAACAUUUUUCCUGCAGCAAAAACAGCAUCUGAGAGUUUCUGGUUGACUUUGAAUGGUGUUUGGAAGGUGAUGGGAGGCAGUGAAGGGCUUGAGGGGGUAGAUGGGGCACUGAAGGGGCAUGGGGAAGAGGGAGAGAGUCAAGAGAAUGGUGUAGAAUGUGGUGGUGACAGAAAAUGGUUUAGUAUGAAGGAUGUAGUGGUGAUGAAGGAUUUAGAUAGACUACUAGAGGACAGAAGGAGGUUGGUGAUGAGUAUUAAUGGUGAUGAGGGUGUUACUGGGUCUUGAUGGGUGUGUGGUGAGGUAUGGUGAAGUGUGGUAUGGUGUGGUUGCCUUAACUUAAUGGUGUGUGGUGUUGUGGUUUGGUGAUGUGUUCAGUUUGUGAUUUUUUAUAGGGUGUUGUGAUAGUGUGGUAAAGGUGCUCUCUCUCUCUCUCUCUCUCUCUCUCUCUCUCUCUCUCUCUCUCUCUCUCUCUCUCUCU